AAGAUUUUUCAGAAAUUUUAUCACGUGAUAUUCCACACAUCCUCUUCCGUCGAGUCAUCCAUUGGAGACAGCAGUGAAACUUAUAGUGCUCGUCUACCAAGACUCGAUCCAAAAUGGUGAACUUUACUAUAGAUCAGAUCCGUGAGAUCAUGGAUCGGAAAAAUAACAUAAGAAACAUGUCUGUCAUUGCUCACGUCGACCAUGGCAAAUCCACACUUACAGAUUCCCUUGUAAGCAAAGCUGGUAUUAUUGCCUCUUCAAGAGCAGGUGAAACAAGAUUCACAGAUACCAGGAAAGAUGAACAAGAAAGAUGUAUCACCAUCAAAUCAACUGCAAUUUCUCUUUACUAUGAACUGAAAAAGAGUGAUUUGCAGUACAUCACCCAGCAAAGAGAUCCUGACAACAGAAAUGAUUUCUUGAUCAACUUGAUUGAUUCACCUGGCCACGUUGAUUUCUCAUCUGAAGUAACAGCAGCUUUAAGAGUAACUGACGGAGCUCUUGUUGUUGUAGAUUGUGUGUCUGGUGUAUGUGUACAGACUGAAACCGUACUUAGACAAGCUAUUGGAGAAAGAAUUAAACCAGUCCUGUUCAUGAACAAGAUGGACUUGGCCUUGUUGACACUUCAGAUUGAAGCUGAACCUCUGUACCAAACUUUCCAGAGAAUUAUUGAGAACAUUAAUGUCAUCAUUGCAACAUAUGACAUUGAAGGAAAUCCCAUGGGUGAUUUAGCGGUUGAUCCAAAAAGGGGAACCGUAGGUUUUGGAGCCGGUUUACAUGGUUGGGCUUUCACUUUGAAAGACUUUGCUGCUAUGUACACAAAGAAAUUUGGCAUUGCUGAGGACAAACUGAUGAAGAGAUUGUGGGGUGACAAUUUCUACAACCAUAAAGAAAAGAAAUGGGACAAAGAACCAAGCUCAGGUGAUCGUGGUUUUGUCAAAUUUUGUCUGUCUCCUAUUUUCCAAGUAUUUGAGACAUGCAUGAAGAAGCCAAAAGAAGAAGCAAUUGCUCUAGCAGAAAAAAUGGGCGUCAAAUUGACCGUAGAGGAAAAAGACAACCAAGAAAAGGGUCUUCUAAAGAUUAUUAUGAGGAAAUGGUUGCCAGCUGGUGAUGCAUUGUUACAGAUGAUAGUCAUUCAUUUGCCAUCCCCUGUAACAGCACAAAAAUAUAGAUGUGAAAUGUUGUAUGAAGGUCCACAAGACGAUCCUUGUGCCACAGCCAUUAAAGCUUGCGAUCCACAUGGAGAGCUGAUGAUGUACAUCUCCAAGAUGGUACCCACAUCUGACAAAGGUAGAUUCUUUGCCUUCGGUCGUGUGUUUGCUGGUACAGUAAAAACUGGAAUCAAAUGCAGAAUCAUGGGUCCCAACUUUACUCCAGGAAAGAGAGAAGAUCUAUACGAGAAAAAUGUUCAAAGAACUAUUCUUAUGAUGGGGCGUUACACAGAACCAAUUGAAGAUGUACCAUGUGGUAAUAUAUGUGGAUUGGUUGGUGUAGAUCAAUACUUGAUUAAAACUGGAACUCUUUCCACCUACAAAGACGCUCACAACUUUAGAACAAUGAAAUUCAGUGUUAGUCCUGUAGUAAGAGUAGCAGUUGAAUGCAAAAACCCUUCAGAUUUGCCAAAAUUGGUGGAAGGAUUGAAACGUUUAGCCAAAUCAGAUCCUAUGGUACAGUGUAUUAUUGAAGAAACUGGUGAACAUAUUAUUGCUGGAGCAGGAGAGUUGCAUUUAGAAAUUUGCUUAAAGGAUUUGGAAGAAGAUCAUGCCUGUAUUCCCCUCAAGAAAUCAGACCCAGUUGUAUCAUACAGAGAAACGGUCUCGGAAGAAUCAAGUGUGACUUGUCUUUCUAAAUCACCAAACAAACACAACAGACUGUUCAUGAGAGCAGCUCCUUUACCAGAAGGCUGUGCUGAAGCCAUUGACAAUGGUGACAUUGCUCCACGUCAAGAAGUUAAAGAGAGAGGACGGUACAUGGCAGACAAGUUUGACUUUGAUGUUGGAGAAGCCAGGAAGAUCUGGUGUUUUGGACCUGAAGGAACUGGUCCUAAUCUGUUGAUGGAUGUCACAAAGGGAGUACAGUAUUUGAAUGAAAUUAAAGACAGUGCUAUUGCUGGAUUCCAGUGGGCAACCAAAGAGGGUGUAUUGUGUGAAGAAAAUGUAAGAGGUGUUCGUUAUAACAUUCAUGAUGUAACACUUCAUGCUGAUGCUAUCCACAGAGGAGGUGGACAAAUCAUCCCAACAACAAGAAGAGUAAUUUAUGCAUGUCAGCUGACCGCUAAACCCAAAAUUAUGGAACCAGUUUUCUUGGUAGAAAUUCAGUGCCCAGAACAGGCAGUUGGUGGUAUUUACAGUUGUCUCAACAAGCGUCGUGGUCAGGUAUUUGAUAACCAACAGAUUGGUAAUACACCACAGUUUAUUGUCAAGUCUUAUCUUCCAGUAAAUGAAUCAUUUGGUUUUACUGGUGACUUGAGAUCAUCAACUGGUGGUCAAGCUUUCCCACAGUGUGUGUUUGAUCAUUGGGCAGUCAUGCCAGGAGACCCAUUUGACAGUACUUCCAAACCAGGAGAAGUUGUCACUGUUACAAGAAAACGUAAAGGAAUGAAAGAAGGCAUCCCCGCCCUGGACAAUUAUCUUGACAAAAUGUAAAAAGAGUGAUCUUACAGUGCUAUUUCAUCAUGUAAAGUUGAUCAGUGAAAAUUUUAUUUGAACUAUUGAAUUGCAAAAAAAUAUUUAUUUAUUGGUUCUGUUUUAAGUUAUAUUUUUAAGGUGAAACACACAAGCUGGAUACAAAAAAAAACUAGUGCUAUACACAUGAUUGAAAUAAUAAAUCUGAAAGGA